CGUGUUUCUUGGAUUCCAUGGCAACCCUUGGUUUAGCUGCUUAUGGUUACGGAAUCCGGUAUGAGUACGGCAUUUUUAACCAGAAACUUAAGGACGGACAACAGGUUGAAGAACCCGAUGAUUGGUUGAGAUUUGGCAAUGCUUGGGAAAAGGCCCGCCCCGAAUACAUGAUACCAAUUAAUUUCUUUGGUGAAGCUCAGAAAACGGAUGCCAACAAGGGCAAGUGGAUCAACACUCAGGUUGUUUUUGCCAUGCCGUAUGACACCCCGGUACCUGGCUAUGGUAAUAACUGUGUUAAUACAAUGAGAUUGUGGUCAGCUAAGGCACCCAAUAAUUUCAAUCUCAAGUUCUGUUGUCAGCAGAUACCUCCAAGUUAUUGUCAUCUAAUUCCAAACUUAUCCUUGCAGACAUAUAUUAGCAUUAUAGUUUAUUUGCAGCUGUUUGGACGGGUUGGAUUAGUGCCAGUGUCAGCAGUCAAAACACAGCUGUCUCUCAUCCCAAAUAUGCCAAACAUGUAUACUGUUGCAAUCCAGCUGAAUGAUACUCAUCCAGCUCUAGCCAUACCUGAACUGAUGAGGGUCUUCGUUGAUGUGGAAGGGUUGUCAUGGGAAAAGGCAUGGGAACUUACCCAGAAUUCGUGUGCAUACACCAACCAUACUCUGCUUCCAGAGGCUUUGGAACGCUGGCCUGUAUCCAUGUUAGAAUACUUGCUGCCAAGACAUUUGCAGAUAAUCUAUGACAUCAACUCGAGAUUCAUGGAU